AUGAAGUUUCUACACAUUCUUUCCUAUUGCGUUAUCGCGUCAGGCCUCGCCGUACCGAACACUGCGCCCGAAGCGGAGGUCUCCGUCCGCAAUCCGGCUCAGACAGUCGCUACACGCACCGACACCUUCAGCUCAGCCGGCAUUUUCUCUCGAGACCAAAGUAAAGCUUGGAGGGAAGCAGAGAAGCUCGUAGGGAGCCCACUUGAGCACGGCAAAGUGUAUUAUUUCAUGUCCUGCAACCCGGCGUAUCGCAAUCAUUAUCACACGCGGGAUGCCUACUUGAAGUAUGUCAUAGAUCAAACCGACUGCGUUCACGUUGGGCUAGUCAUUGGAAAGACCUCCAAGUGGUUCAAGAAGUUUGAAGCCGAGUACCUGCACGUGAGAGUCGAUGAGGACAACAACCCGGACGAAUGGUACCAAUCUCGACAUGACUGGGAUGGCCCUAUCAUUGAUCAACGGUUAAAGAUGCUGGCAACCGCAUGGACGCAGACUGGAAUUGCCUGCAAUAUUACAGACAUCUAG